CGGGUGUUACAGGUCGGUCUUUGAGGGUGCGGCUGUACCAGUGCGGGUCGAAUUAGUGAAAGUGAGUGUGCCGAGAUGUCCCGGGGCUCCAGUGCCGGCUUUGAUCGGCACAUUACCAUCUUCUCCCCAGAAGGUCGCCUGUACCAAGUAGAAUAUGCUUUUAAAGCUAUUAACCAGGGUGGUCUUACAUCAGUAGCUGUCCGAGGGAAAGACUGUGCAGUAAUUGUUACACAGAAGAAAGUACCGGACAAGUUAUUGGAUUCUAGCACAGUGACGCACUUAUUCAGAAUAACUGAAAACAUUGGCUGUGUGAUGACAGGAAUGACAGCUGACAGCAGGUCCCAGGUACAGAGAGCUCGCUAUGAGGCUGCAAACUGGAAAUACAAGUAUGGCUAUGAGAUCCCUGUGGAUAUGUUGUGUAAAAGGAUUGCAGAUAUUUCUCAGGUCUACACACAGAAUGCUGAAAUGAGGCCCCUUGGCUGUUGUAUGAUAUUGAUUGGUGUUGAUGAAGAACAAGGCCCUCAAGUAUACAAAUGUGAUCCUGCAGGCUAUUACUGUGGAUUUAAGGCCACUGCAGCUGGAGUCAAACAAACUGAGUCAACCAGUUUUCUUGAAAAGAAAGUGAAGAAAAAAUUUGACUGGACAUUUGAACAAACUGUAGAGACAGCAAUAACAUGCCUGUCUACUGUUCUAUCCAUUGAUUUCAAACCUUCAGAAUUAGAAGUUGGAGUAGUUACAGUUGAAAACCCUAAGUUCAGGAUUCUCUCAGAAUCAGAGAUUGAUACACACCUUGUAGCUCUAGCUGAGAGGGAUUAACACUGUACUCUCCCUAAAUCAACUAUGUGCUGACCAGGAGAUUUGAUAAAAAACCAACACAUUCAUCAGUGGCUCUGGAUUGAAAGAGGAACCAUAUCCCCACUGAAGUGGACUUGGCUCUGAAUAAAUAAAACAGAAGUUUUAGAAAA